AUGGCCCCUCCCGACGCCGCCGUCGCUCACGUCUCCUUCGACGCGCUCCAGACCGAAGAGUCGAAAGCUAACAACGAAAAUGGGCUCGGCGCCCUGCAGGAUCCCGUCGCAACCUCACCCACGACGGGAGCGCCCCUCGUGCCCUUGACCGGUCCCGCCGCGUGGAAGCCCGCCGAUCUGCUCGCGUCCCAAAACUGGGGCCGCACCCUGACCGAGCCUCAGAUCGCCGAGCUCCACGCCGCGCUGGCGCACGCCAAGACUCACGGGCUCGAGUGGGAGGACGUCGACGGGAUGAGGAUCCCUGCCAACAUGAGCAAGGAGCUCUUCGCCCUCGGCCCCGAGUGCCUCCCGCUGGUGGCCGAGAUGGCCGCCGAGCUCGAGGACGGCACGGGUGCCGUCAUGAUCCGAAAUUUUCCCGUCGAGAACGUCCCCGAGGAGGACGUCGGCGCCCUCUACGUCGGGUUCUGCACCCACCUCGGCGUCCCGAGGUGGCAGUCCAGCGCCGGGCUCAGGUCUCGGUCCCGCGGGUACGGCGUGUACCUGGGCCGCGUUCGCGCCGAGAUGAAGGGAAACACCCCCGAGGCUGGCAAGCAGUCCAACAACUACUUCCGUCUGCACACCGACAGGUGCGACGUCAUCUCCCUCCUCGGCAUUCGCGCCGCGGCGAAGGGCGGCGCCAGCCGGGUGGCCAGCGCGGUGACGAUUUACAACGAGAUGCUCGAGAAGUAUCCGACGCUCGUGCCCAAGCUCUUCAACCCGGUGGAGCGCAUCUGGGAGGGCAAGGACGGCAAGGUGGCGCUGCCCCUGAUGGACAUCACAAAGGAGGGCAAGUUCACGUCGCAGAUCUCGCCAUCCUACAUCGAGUGCGCGCAGCUCCUUCCCGGCUCGUGCCCCCUCGACGCGGACACCGUCGAGGCCAUCGACCUCGUCGAGGAGAUCGGCCUCAAGCACUGCGUGGAGUUCGUCAUGCAGCCCGGGUGCGUGUACUGGCUCAAUAACCACCAGGUGUACCACGGCCGCACGGCGUGGGCGGACAGCGCCGAGGAGGUCGCGCCCUCGUUCGACGACGCCGCCCAGAACCCGGCCGAGACGAAAACUUCGAUACCGAUGGACGGCUCAGCGUCAGCCCCGGCGGAUGGCGGCAGGCUGCUCUUCCGCGUCUGGCUGUCGCCGUACAACUCCCGCGCGCUCCCGGACGACCCGGCGUACCGCUACCUGUGGGGCGACGUCGCCGCGGGCGCGCCCCGAGGGGGACUCGAACCCGCGAUCGCAACCGGCGAGUCUUCCCCCGAAGUUCUUCGCGAGGCUAUGCGAUCCGCCAAACACAAUUACUACGGCCUGUACAAGAGGCGCUUCGCGUGA